CUGGUCGUAGUUGGUUUUCGGCCCCGCCGGGGAUUCCGCUCUGGUCGGACAAGGUCGGACAACGGAAAUCCAUUUGUACGAAUACGACUCGGACAGACUCUUGAGUGGAUUUUCCCAACAAAAAUACAAAAUCACAUGUGAUGAAGCUGAGAAUACGACUAGACGAGGUGACAGCUAUGUGAUCGGAAUGGGAAGGCGCAAGACGAUCGGAACGUGUUUGGAAUCCCAAGUCUGUGAUACUGCAGCUUUUAUCAACUUCACUUUCGCAUAUUCAGACGCAAAUCCUCAUAGUCAACACCAGUUAUCAAGACGUGGGUGUAUAAAGGGAAAUGCCAUCCUCCACAACCGCAAGCGAUGGUCUUAGUCACCGCCGUGGCUCGACCACCACAACCCUCCUCCCAACCGGCGAUGACAUGGAACCCAAAGUUCUCGCAGUAAAAGAAGGCCACCACAUCCGUUUAUUAACCUGGGACAACCUGCCCGCAUGGCAGCGCGACAACACCUUCAUCCUGACGGGAUACCGGCGAGCGUCCUCGUCGUAUCGCGCCUCCCUCGCCAGCCUGACCUAUCUGCACAACGAGACGGUUAAUAUCUGGUCGCACCUCCUCGGCGCGCUGUUCUUCCUCCUCGUCGGCGCGGCGGGGGCCUACGCCGCCGUCUUCCUCGAGCAUGAGAUCGCCCCGCGCUACGCCACAGCUUCGCUCGCCGAUGUGCUGGUUUUCGCCUGCUUCUUCGCCGGCGCUGUCGCCUGUCUUGGCAUGAGUGCUACUUACCAUGCUCUCAGCAACCAUUCCCGCGCCGUUGCGCGCUGGGGGAAUAAGCUCGACUAUGCCGGCAUCGUGGUGCUUAUUGUUGGGAGUUACGUUCCAGCUUUGUAUUACGGGUUUUGGUGCCAUCCGGAGUUGAUGACUAUGUAUCAGUCUACUAUCACUCUCCUCGGUUUCGGCUGCGGAAUGACCGCAUGGCUAGAGCGUUUCCGCACACCACCCUGGCGACCUCUCCGCGCGGCCAUGUUCGUCGGCCUCGGCCUCUCGGGCAUCGUCCCUGUGUUGCACGGCUUGAAGUUGUACGGCCGCGAGGCGCUCGAGCGUCGCAUGAGCCUCAGCUGGGUCGUCGGUCACGGGGCGCUGUACGUGACCGGCGCAUUCAUCUACGCCGUGCGUUGGCCCGAGAGGAGUUUCCCUCGGAGGUUCGACAUUUGGGGCAGCUCGCACCAGAUUUUCCACUUUUUCGUCGUUGCGGCGGCCGCCACCCACUUUGUGGGCAUGGGCAAAGCGUUUGAUUAUCACCAUGGAGGUAUGGCUGCUGAGUGUUGAGACGUGAGACGGGCCGAAGGAUAGGUCCUGGGUUUGUCCUUGAGUUGUACACAAAAGGGCACCAGCGCAUCAAUAGAAAUCGACCAGUGAUUUCUAACCAAACGAUAUAUCAUAUUCCAUAGGCAUCAGUUGUUGUUGUUGUUGUUGUUGUUGUUGCUGUCCCAUAUUGCUAAGCCUGAGAAUCCCGAGAAUCCCGACUCCUGCGCCGCGCAAUAAGCACGCUCGCCUCGCGUGGCCCGCUUUCGCCCCUGGGCCUUUCUUGACGCCCGGGUCGAUGCCAUCAUCUCAUCUCUACUGCGUGUCGCAUCGCAUGCUGUAUUCCGUCUUCCGAAGACCUCUAUUUCUUGCCG